UUACCAUGAAGUCAAUUGUGAUUUUAUCCCUGGUUCUAGCUAUUAAAGCUGAACAAAUCUCUGAGGAUUUAGCAAAGGGGAUAGAAAACAGAGGAACAAUGACGAGAGUUGUUCCAGGAUCAAUGGCAAAACCAGGCCAAUUUCCUUACAUGGUAGCACUGGUGCUUGACUACUAUCGGAUUGUUUGCUCAGGAGCGAUUGUUGGCAAAAAAUGGGUAUUAACAGCAGCUCAUUGUGUACCACGUCUACCACGUCUACCACGUCCACCAUCAAAUUAUGCCCAUCAAAGAGCAUUUAUUUUAGCAGGCACCAACGAUGUUAAAAAUGCAACAAUACGCCACUUGAUCGAAAAAUUUAUCACCCAUGGUCGAUAUAUUCCUGGGUUUCCUUUUCAUUAUGAUAUGGCCCUUGCAAAACUGAAAGAGCCUCUGCACUACAAUCAAUACGUUAGAAAAAUUCGAAUAAGUCCUAGAAUUAUAGGAGAAGGUACAAACGCUACAUUAGCUGGUUUUGGACGCUACGAUAAUCAGGGCAAUAAAGGUAAGCUUCAUUGGACCGAUGUAAGAGUAAUGAGUAAUGAGGAAUGCAGAAAAACUAAUGCAUUCCAUGAUGACGACCUAGAGAUGUGUGCUGUUAAUAACACUGUUGGGGGAUGUAAUGGAGAUGCAGGAAGUCCCUUAGUUCGCAAAAAAUUGAUUGUAGGAGUGCUUUAUUAUGGAGCGGGACUUUGUGGUUCUGGAAUUCCUGAUGGCUAUGUCAGAGUGUCAUACCACUACGCCUGGAUCCAGAGAAUAAUGAAGACAUUUUGACAUAGAUUCCAUUAAGUCAAAUGAAACAUAUCGCUGCAAAACUUAAAGACCCCUUUUUUCUCAGCGAAACAUAAUCCAAUGACCUUUGUAAAAUCCUCAAUUUGACCUAUUUUGACCCGGAUAAAAACAACUCCGAACCAAACUCAAUCCAUUUGGGGGAAUCUAUCAAUGUGGGAGGCAGAAGAAAUACUAGCGGAAAUUCUCAAAUUACCGCCAUCUCGAAUAAGAAACCAAAAAAAAGCCACUAAAGUGUAGUACGAAAAUUCUUUGAAAGAGACGAUAGAGAAGAGUAAGGAGAGAUUUCUUAAUGGAGAGCCACAAAUCAAUGGGAUAGCUUCAAUUUAUAAUGGCAUGAUAAAAUCAACGCAGCGAGAAAGAAGCCGCAGCAUCAGCAUGUUGUCUUCAAGAAUAUUUCUUCAAUAUCAAUUUGGCGUACUUAGAAUGGGCAAAAAUUAAUUAUAAACAUUUUUAAAGUAUCUCUCUGUGAGUAAAAAGAACUUUUUUCUCGUUGUUAGAACUCGACUUUAUGUUUUGUCGAAAGAGGAAUAUUGAAAAUGAUUGCUUUUUGGGUAUUACCUAAUUAUAGGUACAGAUGGUUCAUAACUGCUUAAUUUAACAAUUGCCUAGGCUAAUUGUAAACUGAAUCUAUUCUUGAACUUUGGGAUUUCCUCAUUGCAUUGUUUCAGAUGGGCAAAGAGAAAAAAGGCCACGAAGAAGUACGUAGGGUAAAGUGAUAUAAUUUGGACAUAGUGUUAUAACUUGGACAAUUCGCCGGUACAAGUUGGGCAUGGCCUUUUUUCUUGAUAAAUACAGUACAAAAUUUGUUUUUAAGCACAAGAAACCAAAUUAUAAAACUAAAGCAUUAAAAAUA